AUGAAGCGGGGGUUCUUGAACACCCGCAAGGCUAAACAGCGUGUCGCAGAAGCUGUAGAUGCGGAAUCUACUCAGGCUGGGGAACCACCACACAAGAAAUCCAAAGGCGAUGAUGAAAAAGGAGAGCGGUAUGUCGCUAUCACUGAUGACAUUGCAUACUGUAAAACUAUUUGUUGUAGCCUAGAUCCCAAGUCACGUAGUACACGAGCCGAAUACGUGGAAUUCAACACGAUCGAUUCCCACAAACUUCCCAAGAUUAUUCAACAACAAGUCGACAACGAAAAGAAUUGCACUGGAUAUGGCAAGAAUCGCGUCGUUUUCCGCGUCUGGCCUCGCGAUCCCAAAGGACAGACCAUCACGGUAACUUCAUUGCGAGCAAAGGAAGCCGCCAAUGGCAUUGAUUUGUGGGGCGCAACACUCUACGACUUCUACUGGGUUCUACGUGCCCCAGAUGUGAAGAACUAUCUCACCAUCUCCACGGGCAGCAGACUUGCGAAAUGGAUGCGCCAACAUGGUGAGCUCAUAGCGGAGGAUGAACUCUAUUGGGCCGAUAAGGAGGAGGAUCCCAAGGAGGUGCCAGUAGUUGACAUCGGGGAACUCAUAAGGUGCCAUGAUGCGCGCGUCGCAUCGGGCGUAUUCAACAAGUUUUCCAGUAUCGACUCACCCUUCCAUCCCGACCAUUAUCCUUCUCCAUAUCCUUUCGUCCCUUUCACGCACGAGGCUCCCAAACUUCAACAACGUAUUCCUUUACACCUUCUUCCCAAAAAGCUCCAUGUUCAUGACCCUUGGAACACAUUAACCGUCGAUAAGGACGAUUCUAACCAAAAGCCUGAAUGGCUUUCCAAAGUUGCAAAGAAAGGAGACAUUGUCCGAACUUAUUCCCUCUCCCUUGCACCGCAGAGUAAGGAGGUCGCGUCGAAGGCGCAGAAACUGGCUGAGGUGGCCGAAGACGAAGCAGCGAAGAAAGAGAGCGUGUCGCAUAUCUUCCCCAGUGACAAGGAGGGGCCGACGGAAGAGCCAUUGAUUGAAGUUGUACUCCCUCUGCGACCCCGGAAAAGGACGCAAGUGGAAGAAGCUCAUCUCUACCUUUCACCUUGUGCAGUGGGCGUCGGCCAUCAUUCAAUCGUGCGCAAUGCGGAGUGGGAGCUUCCGCGCGACCUUUUUGUGGAGGCUCAUCUGUGCAAAGCUUGUGUGGAAGAGGAUGUCCGUCGACAGGUCCAGAAAUUGAAGGACGAGGGAGAAUGGGAAGCACUUUUGAAAGAACAGGCGGAGAAAUCUGAAGAAACAACGCAGGAAUAUAGUGAGGAAGAAAUAUUUACCCUUGAACCUCCCAGGGUCAUCCGCAUCGCAUCCUACUCUGGGCCAGUCCUUCGCAUCCACACUACAGUGAAGUGGCGAAGCCCCUCGGAAAAACAAUGCGAUCACGAAAGUUCAUUUUUUGGCUCGGAACCUGUUCCACGCACUGCGACAGUCAGUAUUGUUGCAAAACUCUCGUUCGAAUACGACCCCCACCUCACUCAAGAGGCGGCAAACUAUCAAUCGUUCCCUGACCACUUCUUCCAGCACUGGAACGGGUACAAUGUCAUACCCCCAAUACAUGAGCCUAUCCCCGUCGGGGCACUCUGCCCACAGUUCUACGGGUAUUACACACCUGACAAUCCAACUGGCGGUAAAUAUCGGGGUCGACGUCGUUACCUGAGUCCGAUAUUGCUCCUGGAGCACUGUGGUAGCGAGAUAGAUCCAGAUAAGUUGUGCCAGGACGACAGGCAAGAGUGCGCGUCGCUUAUCUUGCGCUUUAAUCGUGCGGGGUGGUUACAUGGGUCAUUAGCAACGCGGAACAUCAUGUGGCAGCAGGGCAAGCCAACGGAAUGGCCAAUCGAGCGUCCGCACUCUGUCAAGAGCUUCCGCCUCAUAGACUUUGGUAGAUCGGCGAAAGUCAACAACAGGACUGGAUUGCCAAUGGGGGAGGACGAAAUAGCUUUGCGGUUAUUCUACUUGAUGCAUCACGCACAUAAGAAAAAAACAAACUGA